AUGGGCAAAGUCCGUUUCCCAAAGUCCAUGCACGCACGGCCAAACAUCGACAAGUCAAAGUUCUGUCGUUUCCACAAAGGCCACGGGCAUAACACCAAAGACUGCAUCCACCUAAAGGAAGCGAUAGAAAUAUUGAUCCGAGAAGGACACCUGAAGCAGUACGCAAAGAAACAAGAGGCCACCAAGGAAGCCAAACCGGUCGUCAAGGAGAAGCUAGCAGAAGACACGCCCGCCAUGCAGGCGGCCAUGAGUAUCACCAGACCGGAGGACUUUUACCUCCCCGACUGGGCUAGGGUGUCUUCCACCCCCUCUUCUCACAACCCGUGGGAAUUCUUUCCUUCCGCCAUGGUCAUCUCCGAAGGAGGGUUCAGCAAACUCAUUGUCGGAUCCGUAAAAUUGAAGUUCGAUGAGCUAAUUUCAGCGAAUUCGAAAAAAUCCGCUACUCUCGACUUCUCCAAGGGAAGCUCCUCCCCUAUAGCGUUCUACCGGGAAGAACUGUCGGGCGGUGCACCCAAAGUGACCAUCCCUCUCCUCAUCCGAGCGCGAAUGGCCAACUUUGACGUACGCCGCAUUUUGGUCGACCAAGGAAGCUCGGUGGACAUUAUGUACUCCCAGCUAUUCAAACCACUGCAACUAAACAACAGCCAUCUCACCCCCUACGUGGGGAUUCGUUGA